AUGUUUGUUUCCAGAUCAGCCAUCGCUGGACCAUCCCGCAUCCCCAUCCAGGCCACCCAGACAGUAUGCCGACGUGCUGCGACUAGGAGAUAUGCCUCCGAGGCUCAGGAAGAGUCUGCCGAGCCGGCCGACGAGCUCUCGCAAAUGAAGCUCGACCCUUCCCCUCAACUGCCAGCAGGGCUUCAGAAGAGGGAAGGUCGAAUCUUUUACCAAGAUUGGAUGAGAGUCGAAGGAGGACAGUUCAGGGUGCCGCAGAAGGGGCAGAAGGCCAAGUGGCUUGGUGGACAUGUCCCAUACACCAGUAAUCCUUCCUUCCGACCUCCACCGCCAUUGUCCAACUAUACCCAAGACGCCAUCUAUGCCGACUUGGUAAGAGGUGCCGACGUUGCCGAGGUUUCGACAAAGUUCAACGUGUCCAAAAGCAGGGUUGAUGCGGUGAGAAAGCUCAAGGAGAUUGAGAUAGAGUUCCAGCGAAGAUCUCUUCCUCUACAACGCGCUUUCUUGGAGGGUAUGGAGCCUCUGUUAGGUGUCCGCACACCCAUCAACCCCCGCACCAAAAAGUACGACGUCGCUAUUGCUCGAGACAUCGACAUGGCCUACGAAUCACAUCCCUCCGUCUCUGCCGAACGCCUGGAAGAACAACGGUUCGAAUCGGGUGUCGGUCAAGAGGGCGCUUUCGGUGACCGUUCUCGUGAGAGUGCCCAGCCCGGUAUUGAGCGGACGGCAUGGGAAUGGCGAGAUGAAGAGAAGGCUCUCGAAGAUCGUCGUUUACUGGCGGCGAAGGAGGCGGAGGUCAAGCAACAGCCUGGUCACGAGGGUAUCGUCCACGAGGUCCUUCAGAAGGAGGUGCAGUCCUCUUCUAUGUUCCCCACCCCUGCUGUCGAGGAAAGUAUCAAGAGAAAGGAGAGAGAGGAGCUCAAAGCGGCCAAGGCGAAGAAGGAUCACGUGGAUGUGGAAGGGGUGACUGUUGGCGAUAUUCACUUUGUGGACACAUCGUUCACCAAGGCGUUCGUCAGCGAGAACAAGGGGCAGAAGGCCAGAGAGAAGCGAGAGAGGAGGAAGAAUAGGGCUGCUGGGCAGGCGUAG